AUGAGAGAGACGGAGAGAGAGGAGGUCGCCGGCGGAGGAGCUCUCGCGGAGGUUGUAGGGAGUGGGUUGGGUGGCUGUCGUUUUUCUGAAAAACUCCACCAGUCACAGAAAUUAGAGUAUAUCUCAAGUCAAUCUUCUCAUAUAUUUGCCUCUUCUCUCAGACUCACACCAAAGCCUCCCAAACUAUCAACUCUGAUAUCAAUGGCUUCCGCCGCCAAAUCAACCACCACCACCACCAUAACAUCCCCAAUUUCUGUCACCGCCGAGUCUCUACACUCCAUCCUCUCUCACCAAACCCUAAUCAACCACUUCCAAUCUUCCCUUCCCGCCGUCUCAGCUUCUCUGCAAUCCCCAAUCCGCCAAAGCUACGACGUUUCGCCCUCCUCCUCUCUCCUCCUCAUGCCCUCCUGGUCCUCCUCCCCUUCUCUCCCCUACUUGGGCGUCAAGCUCGUCACCUACUUCCCCGGAAACUCCACCAUAAACUUACCCGGAGUGCACGCAAGUUAUGUGCUCUUCAGCUCCGCCACCGGCCAAACCCUCGCCACCGUGGACGGUACCACCCUCACCCUUUACAGAACCUCCUGCGUUUCAGGCUUAGCUUCUAGGAUUUUAUCCCGAAAUGACAGCGAAAUACUGGUUAUGAUCGGUGCGGGCGCUAUGGCGCCGCAUUUGAUCAGAGCUCAUUUAGCGGCACGGCCGAGCUUGAAGAGGGUGAUCAUAUGGAACCGGAACGCGGAGAAGGCGGAAAUUUUGGCUGAGAAAAUGAGAGAAUGUGCGGAGUUUAAUGGGGUUUGUUUUGAGAGCAAUGGGUGUUUGGAUGAGGCGGUUGGGAUGGGAGACAUUGUGAGCUGCGCCACCAAUUCGGAGGCGGCCCUUGUGAAGGGGGAGAAGCUGAAGGCGGGGGCACAUUUGGACUUGGUUGGAUCUUUCAAGCAUUCCAUGAAGGAAUGUGACGAUGAGGCGGUGAGGAGAGGGAGGGUUUUCGUGGACAAUGAGGCGGCGCUGGAGGAGGCGGGGGAGCUGGUGGGUGCUUUCGAGAGAGGGGUGAUGGAGAAGGCGGAUGUUUGCGGAAUGUUGGUGGAGUUGAUCAACGGCGAGAAGGUUGGGAGAACAAGUUGCAAGGAGAUUACUGUGUUCAAGUCUGUUGGUUCUGCAGUUGUGGAUAUUCUUGCAGCUCAGUUGGUGUAUGAAACCUACAUCCAGCAACAAAAUUAGUUGGAUCGAAUGGAGAUCGAACACAUUGUACAACGGUACAACCUCAACCGGGGUUUGCGCCCGUCGUAGUUUUCCGGUCUUUGUUCAUCAAUGUGUACGAGAACAUGAUCGCUGAAUAAAAUGCUUGCUUGUAGUUGUA